UGCCAUCUGCCUAUAUGACCCUCAGUCCCUGGUUGUUUAAUAGAAGUGCAGUAUAGAUUUCAUCUAACCUUUUGACACAGAGCUGAAGCCAUGAAGAUGACAAGCAUCCUUCUGCUCAGUACCUUGGCCCUGCUCAUUUUACCAGGUAACACUACAGCUAACUCCCUAGGAAGACAGGCAAAUUGCAAUAAUGCAGCUGUGGGAUGUCCCAAAAUUUACAACCCUGUGUGUGGGACUGAUGGAACUACUUAUCCCAAUGAAUGUGGGCUGUGUUUGGAAAAUAGGAAGCGUCAGGUUCCUGUCCUCAUUCAAAAACUUGGGCCUUGCUGAAAGUCAAAGUUUUGAAAUCUAUUAAGACUACCGUGAUGCUUGGCUAGCCUGAUUGUUGAAUAAAUGCAUCUGAAUACGC